UGUUCAUGCAGUGUUACGAUCUCUAGAACGUUAUGAUUCCCAAACACAAGUGUGGAGCGGAGAAAGCGAUAUACCGGCCGCGUGUGGUUAUGGAUUUAGCAUGUGUGCUGCUAAGGAUCGCAUUUACUUGUUUGGUGGAUCUGUCAACGAUAAAGCUACAAGUGUUGCUUUUUCCUAUAAUCCAGCAAGUCAGGCAUGGGAAAAGUUGGCUGAUAUGCCCACUGCUCGAACCGCGAGUUUCGCAUGCGUUAGUUCCGAUGGACUGAUUUAUGUUAUCGGUGGGAUGGCCAAUUCCAUGCCCUUGAACUGCGUGGAAGUUUACGAUGCUGAUUCCGGCACCUGGAUCAAGAAAAGUGGAAUGAUCGUUAAACGCUGGGAUGCUGGAUGUGGAUAUUCGGAUGGGAAGAUUUACGUCUUC